AUUAGCUGCUCUUGGGAUUACUGACUGAUGAAAUAAAUCAAAAUCUCAAUAAUGUUAAAUAUCCUUUAACAUUAAAUUAAUAAUUGACACUUUGUAAUCACGUUUCAAAUGACCGCAUAUGAAUAAAAAAUGAGAUGCGCUGCGAUCUGUUCGAUUUUCUAAAAUUUCUUGCGCUCCUCAUGUGCUUCGGAGUAGGCAGUCCAAGAAACUGUAAGAGCUGUCGUCGGCAUCCACGCUACUCCAGUUCAUCUGCGAGGUUCAUUCAGACUUUAGGCAACACACAGACUAAUACGUGCACUGGGUUCGAACGCGUUCAUUCUGCAGAAUUCAACGCAUCGGAGGUCGCGCGCGCCUGUGUGGAGAAACGUGAUUUCUUACACCUGUUGAAAAUGAACUUCGCCUGCUUUCCGUUGGACGGCGUUUUGCUACGGUACCGAAACGGAGUGUGUGUUUAGCGGCGUGAAGUGUGUACAGUAUGUUGCGUCGGAUGUAAAAGCAAUAAUUAUAUUGGCAAGAACUAUUAUAAUUAAUUCACUCAUCAUUCACGCAGUGAGGAGGGAGGACCGAAAGCGACCGGGGCCGGAGUGGUGGUGGUGGGACAGGUAAAUUUGGUGUGGUUCGGUUCGAUGUUUCUCUGCACGCUCCAGUAAUGGUCUCUCCGAGUCCGGGGCUUCCAAAAAAAAAAAAAAAAAAAAACAGCUUUUCCCCAGAACUACUACUUCACCCUUCCGCACACAGGAUUCGCCCCGGAACGUCGGGGAUGCCCGGCGAGCCUCUCGGUGCCCCCCCACCCCCGGUUGCUCGUGCUGAGGCUGAGCGGCACCGCGUGACACAUUUCCUGUGAGCGCGUUCACCUGGCUCUGUCAGUCCGGACCGCGGGAGCGUGGGGAAGGUCACCCCGGACAGCGUCUUUGGGGUCUCCCCGCUCAUUGUCACCGCACAAAAACCCAACACGCUUGUAAAAAGGAACGUACAUUUUCGUCACAAAACCUGCACUCACGAAAAUAUAAAUGCUUGUAUGUAUAAAAAGCAGCCAUGAUCGCUUGCUGUGGAAGGGGGAGCACAGCAGCGCGCGACGCCAACGGUGCUGUGUGUUCAGUCGCCACACCGUGCGCCUCAGGUUGGUUUACUCUGAGGUAACUUCUUAACGAAACGGUGGAGAUAUUAUGUUUGUAAGUGUUCCGUUGGAGUGCUGGAUGCGGCGCUCGGAGGACACGGCUGCGUUGAGCUCCGCCGUGGCUGUAGGGAAACACGGUUAUUAUGUCCAUGAUUUUGGGAAAGAGCUUCUCGCGCACUGAGCGCGUUCUUUUUUUUUUUUUCGUGUUUAAUGCGUGUCACUCCAAUAGGAGUGGCAAUGGAGGAGGAGGAGGAGGGUGGGGAGCAGGCCAAAGUGGAGUGUUUGAGGAGAUUUUUAGGAGCGCGUUGAGGGCAGGACGAGUGAACGUGGACGGGACAGCCGCGUUCACACGGGCAGCGCUCGGGACGCGUCCGCUCGGCUUCUCACUCGGGCGCGCGCACACAUGGAUGGCACUGGUGGUACGGGUCCGAGAGAGAGCCUUCAAAACCAUGACCCCAAAGCGUCUGGUAAAACGUUCUUAGUCCACAACCGCUCGGGAACACAUCUGUCGGAGCUGGUCCUGGAGUCUGCAAUGAGACGGCCAGAGAAGUACACACCUGUGCCUGUCAGAGAGACAGGUGUAGACAUCAUCAACAUCAAGGGCAUUGAAGACAUUGGAUAUGCCCAACAGGAUUCCAUCCUCCUGAAUGCCCUAGUCCCUGAGGAGAACACUCACUGCCGACAAGGGUUGUACUUUCAAGAUGGGCAACGAAGGGUGGACUAUGUCCUUACCUAUCACAUCAAGAAGCAAAGCAGUUCACGCCGCCACUCAUCCCGCCUCACAGACAAUGCCUUUACCCGGAGUCUGCGCCGUGGCCGGGUUCCUCCACCAAAGGGAGAUCCUGAGGUGGGAGCCCAGGAACAUAGCCUGCACUACCAUGAGGAUGACAAGCGCUUCUGUCGGGAUGAAUUUGAGAGUAGCUUGAUGGAGAUGGGCCUGGAGCUGGAGAAGGACGAGCAUACUAAAACUCCUGGGGUGGGAUUUGUGAAGAUACAUGCCCCCUGGCACGUACUGUGUCGAGAAGCAGAGUUCAUGAAACUAAAGAUGCCCACCAAAAAAGUAUAUGAAGUCAAACAGGGGAGCAACCUGGUGGAGAAGAUCAACACAUUUAUCACCAAACUGACCGAACCCCUUCACCCAAAUGUGGAAGAGAACAGGAUACAGAAUGUCAAGCACCUUUCAUACCCAUUCUCUAGAGAAAAGCAGCACUUGUUUGAUUUGUCUGACAGAGACUCUUUCUUCGAUAGUAAAACCAGAAGUUCAAUAGUUUUUGAAGUACUCAAGCGUACAAAAUGCACUAAAUCCAAACAUAGCAUGGGAAUCACCAGCCUGCUUGCUAAUGGGGUUUAUAUGGCUGCAUAUCCUUUACAUGACGGUGACACAGAUGGUGAAAAUGCAGAGCCCAAUGAUAGGAAGCUCUUGUACGAAGAAUGGGCAAGUUACAGUGUUUUCUACAAGUACCAGCCAGUAGGCCUGAUCAGGAAAUACUUUGGGGAGAAGAUUGGACUUUACUUUGCUUGGCUAGGUGUGUACACCCAAAUGCUUAUCCCUGCAUCCUUGGUUGGUGUCAUUGUCUUCCUCUACGGCUGUGCCACUGUUGACGACGAUAUUCCCAGCAUGGAGAUCUGUGACAAACGGAACAACAUCACCAUGUGCCCGCUGUGUGACAGGGCCUGCAGCUACUGGAAGCUGAUCACAGCCUGCGGCACGGCCCGGGCCAGCCACCUCUUUGACAACCCAGCCACUGUUUUCUUUUCCAUCUUCAUGGCUCUGUGGGCUGCUAUGUUUAUGGAGCACUGGAAGAGAAGGCAGAUGCGACUGAACUACAUAUGGGAUCUGACAGGUUUUGAGGAUGAAGAGGAAGCACUGAAGGACCACCCACGAGCUGAGUAUGAGUUCAGAGUCAUGCAGAAGGCACUGAAGAAGGAGCACAAAGCACAGAAGCCAGAAAAAGUAAAACUGACUUGCAAAGACAGACUUCCAGCCUAUAUGACCAACUUGGUGAUGAUGUUGUUCAUGAUUGGUGUCACCUUUGCCAUCGUAUUUGGGGUGAUCGUCUACAGAAUAUCCACUACUUCAGCCUUGUACAUGAGCUCAAACCCUACCACCCGAUCCAAUGUGAGGCUGACUGUCAAGACUACUGCUGCCAUCAUCAACCUGGUAGUCAUUCUCAUCCUGGAUGAGGUGUAUGGUGCUGUCGCCCGCUGGCUCACCAUACUUGAGGUUCCAAAGACUGAUAAAAGCUUUGAGGAGAGACUGAUUUUCAAAACAUUCAUUCUUAAGUUUGUGAAUGCUUUCACUCCCAUUAUUUACAUCGCCUUCUUCAGAGGGAGGCUUGUUGGUCGUCCUGGAAGUUAUCUGUAUGUUUUUGAGUCUUAUCGGAUGGAGGAGUGUGCUCAUGGUGGCUGUCUGAUGGAGCUCUGUAUCCAGCUGAGCAUUACUAUGCUGGGCAAGCAGCUCAUCCAGAACAACCUCUUUGAGAUUGGGAUCCCGAAGUUGAAGAAGCUAAUACGGUACAUCAAGUCGAAGCGAAGGGCCUUCCAAGAGGAGGAGCAGGACAAGAAGCUGCAGCGCUAUGAGACAGAUCAUUUCCUGGAGCCCUUUGCUGGCCUCACCCCUGAGUACAUGGAGAUGAUUAUCCAGUUUGGCUUCGUGACCCUGUUUGUGGCAUCCUUUCCUCUGGCACCUCUCUUUGCCCUGCUGAACAACAUCAUUGAGAUACGCCUGGAUGCCAAGAAAUUUGUGGUUGAGCUGAGAAGGCCUAUAGCUGCAAGAGCUAAAGACAUUGGUAUCUGGUACAAUAUCUUAAGGGGGAUUAGCAAAGUGGCUGUCAUUAUAAAUGCAUUUGUGAUCUCGUUCACAUCAGACUUCAUCCCUCGCCUUGUCUAUCAGUACAUGUACAGCCCAGAUGGCUCCAUGCAUGGAUUUGUCAACCACACCCUGUCCUACUUUAAUGUCAGUGACUUCCAAGAGGGCAAGGACCCCCUGGAGCCCACAGAUCUGGAGUACAAGGUGGAGAUCUGCAGGUAUAAAGACUACAGGGAGCCCCCUUGGUCUCCCACUCCAUAUGAAAUAUCUAAGGAGUUCUGGACAGUGCUGGCAGUCAAACUGGCAUUUGUUAUAGUGUUCCAGAAUGUGGUCAUGCUGAUGAGUGACGUGGUGGACUGGAUAAUCCCGGACAUCCCCAAGGACAUCAGCGUGCAGAUCCACAAAGAGAAAAUUCUCAUGGUGGAGCUUUUCAUGAAGGAGGAACAGGGCAAGAUGCAAACCCUGGAGAGCAAGGACAGCUGCAACAACCACAGUCCUGUGCCACGCCCACGCUCUUUUCCAAAUUCACACACCAAUGACUAAUAGCAGCUACCUGUUCGUUCAUCCAUCCAUCCAUCAGUGUUCUUUAUCUUCAUCUGGACAUUCCACAGAGGGGGGCGUUCUUCUGCAGAAGAGGUUCUUGAAGAAGGGCCGGUAAUCACCGUGACACACCAUGCCUGUCUGUUGCAGUGCAUUAGUACUAGCCAUGCUUGGGUCAAAGUGCACUUCACAGGCUCUCAUCUUGCUUUAAAUGGUGUUGAGAGCUCAUAUUUCUUUGUCCCUUGCAAACAAAAACAUACUGUUUUUAUAAUGUAAAUGGUCUUGAUGUUUUAAAUUUUUCUGACAUUGCUGUUUUUAUGGAAGCAGUAGGUUGGCCAUCUGCCUGGUUUACCAACAAUAUGUCGUCUGUCACCAAUACUCUCGCUAGGGAUGUAAAACUUCAUCUUUCAUGUCUUUUUUAUUUACAUAUGAUAUUGAGAUUUUGUUCUGGGAUUUAGUAACACUAAAUAUGUUGUAUGCUUAAAAAAAAAAAAAAAUUCAAAGCAGUCAAAAGCAGUUUUUUUGGAUUUCAGUUUAAUCCCAGAUUCAUGCCCUUUGAAUGAAUUUACAACAGGGUUUAAGAAACCUUAACAUUAACCACUGGGGGAGUUUUUACAAACACUUAUUUCUGUGUGUUGAAUAUGUUCCUAUUGAAAUAAUGUUUUUAAACUGCAUAUGAUGGUUAAUAAAAAUGUAAAUUUGAGAGAUCCUGCCAGUUACAUGAAAAUUAUGGCAUGAGCCCUUUAUCUUUAGUUGAUGCUUAAGAGUGCUUACUGAGUCAAAGGUCUGUUUGAAAAAAGUAGUAACAAAACAAAGCUAGAUUGUCAACAUUGUUGUAAAAUGAAAACAUUGCAUUUUCAAGUUAUUAUGAAUUGUAAUGUCAUCAAUGUUUUAUAACAACACAAUAAUGAAAACUUGGCCCUUCACAUUUUAGGAAAAGACCUCUUAUCAUAUGAGUCAUAAGCUCCUCUGAGAGAAUGUGGUGAAUAUAAAAAUUAAAAUGGCAGGAUAAAUACUGUUUACAUCAAAGAAUGGUCCAAGCAGUCCUCCAAGGUUCUGAAAGGGAUUUCAUGGUUGGUGCAUGUUUUUAAAACCACUUUAGUGAUAAAAGGAUCAGAAAUUAAUGUGACAGCAGGAACUGCCUCAAAGUAAUGUCAGACACCCACCCAGAGUGAAGCUGGGUGGGACGAAAUAUAUAGUACAGCAUGCAAGAGUGCAACUUGGGUAAUGAUCAUCAUUAAUCAAAGUGUCAGCUUUUGUGAAGUCUGAAUUAGAGAAGCUACUUGUAGCAGACUAGUUUAAAAUCCUUAUGGAAAAUUUCAAGAAACUUGUUGACACCUUGUUACAUUUUUUUUUCCAUACCACCCUGGCUUUAAAUGACAAGAGAUCACUGGUCUUUCUUCCCCUCACCUAUCCAAGACUGACAUUUUUAGUGGUUGAACAAUGGAGGGAGAGAAAUGUCAAUAAGCAUUUCUGUGAAGAGCGGUUGAUAGUGUAGUGGUUAGGGUGCCUGCCUUUGGAUCCAACAGUUGCAGGUUUGAAUCCUAU